UUUCGCUUUGCAUCGCCGCCGCCUCCUCCUCCUCCUCUCCCUCGCCGCCGGUGCAGCGGCUGCAUCCGCUUUUCUUUCGGUUUCCUUUCUUGCGCGCGUCUUCUUCGGCGAGGAUGGCGGAAUGGCGGUGGGGGACGGAGGAGGAGGACCGAGCAGGCGAGGAAGAGGAGGGGGAGGAGGAAGAAGAAGAAGAGGAGGAAGGAUUAUGGGAGUACGAUUCCACCUGGGAAGAGGAGGAAGAAGAGGAGGAGGGAGGAGAAGAAGAAGGUGGAAGGCAACUGGAGGGAGAUGUGGGGAGGAAGGACUCGGGGGCGGCUCCAGCCGCUGACAAAGACGCAGGAAUUCAAGAGAAGCCCCAGCCCAGCAGCAGCCCAGGCUGGUGGUCGCCCUCCGGUAGCCAGGUGAGGGUCUUUGCCUAUGGCUUUGGGGGGGGGGGUUGGAUAUAAAGUGGUCUUUGAUCCCUUCCGGGUCUCUGCAGAGAAGGAGGCAAGGGCGGGGGUCGUGUGUGCGCGCGCUCUAAUAAUAAUAAUAAUAAUUUAUUAUUUAUACCCCACCCGUCUGGCUGGGCGGCUUCCAGCAGAAUAUUAAAAUACAAUAACCUAUUAAACCUUAAAAGCUCCCCUAAACAGGGCUGCCUGUUUAGCGCAUAUAAAUAAAUCCAUUUACUGGAGAGGUUGCAGCGCACGAUUUCUUUCCCAACGUGGUGGUGUUUUUUUCAGAAGGGGCUCGUUUGCGGCUGUUAAUGUGGGGAGGGGCGGCGUGAUCGGAAGGGAGAUCACUGUUACCGUUCGCCUUACGUAACUCGACCUCUCCCUCCCGGGGAAACAGAAACGAAAAGCCCUCUCUUAGACGUCUCCACGAUCAGAAAUAUUUGAGAGAGUGCCAGCCGGGCACGGGACGCUGCUCCCGUCUCCCUCGGCCUCAAAGGGUCGGGCGCACGUCUUGUUGCAGAUCCUUGCAUUUGCAAAGGGGUCUCUUUUCCAGCGUUUCCCAAACCUGCGGGGAUACAGGAAGUUGGGCGAUGGCUAGAUACUGUUAUUAAGCGCUUAUAGUGGUGCUGGGGAGGGUGCAAAGGUGUUUUUAACUGUCCUGUUCCUUCCUCCUAAUUGCAGGAACACUCUCAGUGGUUGUCUCAUUUAUUUAUAUUUUUCUGCUCUAGGCUAGGGUUGUGGGAAGCUGGGCAAUGGAGUUUGCCUAAGGACGCUCAAAGGAGUUUUUGGCUUAACUGGCAUCUUGAACCCAGAUUUUUCAAUGGCAGGCCUUGCAUCGCAGAAGCCUUCUGCUUCAGAAUGCGGAAGGUGUGCGGUCACACUUCUGAAAGCUCACUUGUCAUUUUUUAAAAAUAUAUAUAGAAAAGUUUCCCCCUGGGAAGAAAGGUUCUAGGCCAGCCAUCUUUUAAUUGCUUGGCUAAUGCAGCAGUUUAUAGAAACAUUUUGUGUUUUAGUUGAAACCCAAAACAUUAACCACCGUUCUAAUUCAUUACAUUAAUGUUUAUUGCUGUAUUGUGUUUUUAAUAUUUGAUUGGGAGCAGCCCAGAGUGGCUGGGGAGACCCAGCCAGAUGGGCGGGGGUAUAAAUAAUAAAUUAUUAUUAUUAUUACAUUAAUAUACCACACAUCCAGCUGAAUUCUUGGGGGCAUUCACAGUAAGGUACGGAAUGAUGAUGUACAGUAUGAUUUAAAAAAAAACAAUGAUGUGCAUUUCACAAUAAAACUUUUACAACCAAAGUUACAUUACAAAGCAGAAAACACAGCCCAAGAAACCUUAAACCCAGCAGAUGAAACAGUUAAUACCAUGGUAAAAAAAAAUAAAAAAAAAAUUACUAGGCGAUAGUUGCAUAAUUAUGAAACUUUUUAAAAAUAAGUCUGUUACUUCUUAUUUUAUGCAUUUUCACAUGUCACUUUAAUGCUUAACCAUAGUUAAAAAUAAGCUGUGGUUUAAUGCAAAUGGCCAGCUAUUUGUUGCACGCUGCACAAAACUUUGCUCCUCCCCUGCUCCCACUGUCACAGUAUUGGCGAAGGAGCAAGCCACAGGCUGGUAUCAUAUUACGUGUGAACCAGCACUCCUGGUUUGUGUGGAGAGAAACAAACCAUGAAUACUGGGUUACAUAUGUAAAGUGCGGUCAGCUUCUAGUUUGUUCCCUCCCCAGCUCAACAGGAGCAGGGGAGGAACAAAUGAAAGCACUCUGCUCAUUCACAUUAAACCAUGCUUUGUUUUUAACUACAGUUUAGUGUCAUGUGCAAACAAAGCUUAUCCAGCCUUCCUUUUAAUAAAUCAACUCCCAUUGGAUAUUGAAGGUGAGUAGACCUAUUCUGUUUCUUCAGCCUAGGGGAAAAGAGAAAGAAAGGGCCGCAAGAAAAUAAUAAUUAUUUAUACUCCACCCAUCUGGCUGGGUUUCCCCAGCCACUCUGCGCGGCUCCCAACAGAAUAUUAAAAGCAUGAUAAAACAUCAAACAUUAAAAAUUUCCCUAGACAGGGCUGCCUUCAGAUGUCUUCUAAGUCAGAUAGUUGUUUAUUUCCUUGACAUAUGAUGGGAGGGCGCCACUACUGAGAAGGCCCUCUGCCUGGUUCCCUGUAACCUCACUUUUCGCAGGGAGGGAACUGCCAGAAGGCCCUCGGAGCUGGACCUCAGAGUCCAGGCUGAACGGAGGGGGUGGAGAUGCUCCUUCAGGUAUAUCUUGCAUCUCCUAUAACAGAGAAAUGGAAACUAAUAUUUGGAUUUGGUUUUGCUGUGCAACUUGCAAGAAACGAAACUGAAAUACAAUAGUGCCUGUGUAAGGCACUCUCAUAUAUCAGUUUCUAAGUUUGCACUGAUUCUUAGGAAGCAACCUGAAAAGGUCAGGACUGCUGGUGUAGAUGCCAAAUUUAAUACCAAUCUGCUUUUUGGCUGAUACACCCAGAUCAGCUGAGUAGGAGAGUCACCUCCCAGUUCUGUAUCUGUGUUGCUUUUCUUGCUGCUGCUGCUGCUGCUGUCAAAAUUAGUGGGGUGGGUCACACACAAAAAUUGCUUGGAAGCCAUAUCUGGUUUCAAACUGGGAGUUAAACAUCCCCAUUACAUAAUAGAACUACAUAAUAGAAAGUAUUAAUAAGCGAACAUGAAUUUAAAAGGGGGGGUAGCCAUUCCAGGUAUGAAAUUAAUUGACUGCUUUUUCAUGAAGUUCAAAACUUUCUUUGGUCCAGGAUGGGAUGUUCCGGGUAAAUAAUAAUAUAAUAGUUUAUUAUUUAUACCCCACCAAUCUGGCUGGGUUUCCCCAGCCAUUCUGGGCAGCUCCCAACAGAAUAUAAAUAAUAUGGUAGAACAUCAAACAUUAAAAACUUCCCUAAACAGGGCUGCCUUCAGAUGUCUUCUAAAAGUCAGAUAGUUGUUUAUUUCCUUGACAUCUGUUGGGAGGGCAUUCCACAGGGCGGGUGCCACUACUGAGAAGGCCCUCUGCCUGGUUCCCUAUAACCUCAUUUCUUGCAGGGAGGGAACCACCAGAAGGCCCUCGGCGCUGGACCUCAGAGCCCAGGCUGAACGAUGGACAUGGUGACUCUCCUUAAGGUAUAAUGGGCCGAGGCACUCCUUGGCCAGAAAAGCAAAUUUUCUACUCUUGGCCAGUUACCAGAACUAUUGAAUGCAAUGCUUGAAAAAAAGGUUCCUGUGAAGGCGUUUGUUUGGAUGCAACUGUCAUCAAGCAACAAAGAAAUAUUAUUUCUGAGUUAUUCCACACACCAAUCUUCUUCAACCUGGUGUGUUUCAGAUGUUUUGGACUACAAAUCCCAUCAGCACCAGCCAGCAAUCAGGGUUGAUGUGAGUUGUAGUCCCCAGAUCUGGUGGGAUUCCAGGUUGGAAAAGACUGCCACAAACUAUUCACUGAUUCUUGUUUAGUUUUCUGAUAGUGGUCAUAGGAGUUGCACCACUGAUAUGACUCUCCCUUCUUGACCUUGCAAUUCUAUGACCGCUUAAUAUUUCGAGAAAUAACGAAGAACCACAAUGAACCAAAUGAAGAGGGUUUUUUUGUCAGGUGUUGGUGAAAUGCGUUCGUUCUAACUGUUGAUACCAAUAUCCUAAAUGUUUCUAAAACCUUUAAAUGUCCUGUUUUCUCUCUGCAGGAGUGGCAACGGCCAAACCUUGCCUCCGUGAGCUUUAGAAAACGCACGGUAGGUGUUUUCUUUUUUUUAGUUUUGUGCCUUUUAAAGAAUUGGACUGUGUGGUCUUCUCCUGUAGCCUUUGGCUGUUUGAUCCAAUGCAAGUGAGCAAGUUUGGUGAUCUUGCUGUUUUCAUGCCUUCCUGAGCUGAAGAACCAGUUUUGAACUGCAAAGAAUCUAAACUAUAAAGGCUGAAGUAGCUUGUUAGGCCCAGUAGCUACCAAUUAGUUUCCGGGCUCAGUUGGAAUUGUUGGGUUUGAUCUAUAAAAGCCUUACGAGGCUCAAGACCCCAAUCUCCCCUCUGGUUGCCCCACCUCUCCAAUACCAUUUUUGUUCAGGCCUUAAGACCCAUUAAAUUUUUGUAGGACCAUUGUUAGCCACCUUCUAUGAGCUCUGUACGAGGAAGGGUAGGAGGCAAGACAUCAAAUAGCAUAGUUGCUUUGCAAACUUAUGUACAGUGGUACCUCGGGUUAAGUACUUAUUUCAUUCCGGAGGUCCGUUCUUAACCUGAAACUGUUCUUAACCUGAAGCACCAAUUUAGCUAAUGGGGCCUCCUGCUGCUGCUGCUGCACAAUUUCUGUUCUCAUCCUGAAGCAAAGUUCUUAACCCGAGGUACUAUUUCUGGGUUAGCGGAGUUUGUAACCUGAAGCUUCUGUAACCCGAGGUACCACAGUACUGUAGAGGAGAGUGGUGCAAAAGUUGCACUUGUCCCUUUAAUAAGAAGGCAUCAUGGCCAUUCUCUUGCAGCAUGUGUUCGUGUGGAUGUUGUCACCCUUCCCGUUAUUGGGGUGCCUCUUCUCGCCACGUUAGUCCAGUGCGAGGGUAGGGGAGCCUGAACACUGAGCAGCAAAUGUCUCUCUGUCUGGCCCUUGGAACUGUCCCCAGGCCAGACCUGUCACUGGCCCUGCAUCCCACCCCAUAUGUUUUUGCCAGGAUGGAACUUGUCCUCCUUGAACUCUACUGAUGCUUCUUGGUGGAGGCAUUGGGGGGGGGAGAGAGAGGUGUGUGUGUGUGUGUGUGUGUGUGUGCACACACACACACACGCAUAGAAACUAACCUGCUGCCCAGGGGUCAGAUUUACAUUUCCUGUUCCACUCACUUGGACCUGAAAGGGACCUUUGGGUUCAUCUAGUCCAAGACUUCCCAAACUUGGGUCUCCAGCUCUUUUUGGACUACAAUUCCCAGCAUCCCUGACCACUGGUCCUGCUAGCUAGGGAUGUUGGGAGUUGUAGUCCAAAAGCAGCUGGAGACCCAAGUUUGACAAACCCUGAUCUAGUCGAACUUCCUACAAUGCAGGAAUAGGCAGCUGUCCUGUACGGGGAUUGAACCUGCAGCCUUGGCAUUAUCAGCACCAUGCUCUAUCCAACUGAGCUGUGGCCCUCAGAAGUUUGCGCAGAAGAGAAUGUGGCUCUCGGCCAAGGAGAACUCUGAGGGCAUGGCUUCCCGUAAAAAUAUCACUUGAGAGCAUGAUGGGAGUGAACCAGUAAACCAUUUGGCAUGCAGUGAUUCAGCUACCCUGAUUGAGGUUUCACUAUUCAUGGAACCUGACUGCUUGUUCCGUGAUGUGGGAUGCUAAAAAUAAAGCCAUGGCGGUCUGCUUACAAACUGUGCAGAGAGUUGAUACACAGAGGCAAGGUUGGCAAUUGAGCAGGAAGCCCAAGCCUCAAGCUCUCUUCUAGCAAAGCAGCCCUAUGUUCAGUAAAUGUAUGGCAAAGCACGCCAAUGGCAUUCUCUCCCCAUGGCAUCCACAUCACUAGUGCUGUGCACCGGAUUCAGCCCCACCCUGAGCCGAAUCAGGCCUAUUCAGAGGGAGUUGGGCGAGUCGGGUUCAGACAACCAUGGUUUGCUGUGGGUCGGGUUGGAGGGCCCUGAGCAAUCCGUGGCUGUUGGGGAGCAGGCCGUGAAAGCCCAGCGAAAAAUCCAAGGACCAGACCCAACUUCCAGCCUGCCUUGCACUCUCCUUCCUGCCUGAUGACUCCCUGCCUUGGAUCACAGCUGUUGAUAAUAAUAAUAAUAAUUUUAUUAUUUAUACCCUGCCCAUCUGGCUGGGUUUCCCCAGCCACUCUGUUGAGGUGAGCGAGGAAUUCUGCAGCCUGCAGGUGAUACUCUGCAAACAGCAACCAAGAUCGAUCACCCUGCUUGGAGCAACUUACUUGGGGCCAUAUCUGGGGCAGGGUGGUGGUUCCCAGAGCAGGGUGUGGGGGGGAGGGUGCAGAACCCCAUAAAAGUCACCCCUGUGCCUUCACUGAGCAUAGGCCUGCUGAUUUAGUAAUGCCAAGAGUAUGAGAGUAUGUGGCGAGCCGGACUAUCUCGCCAGAGUGGUGCAUGCUCUGCUUAUCUCUCAUUUGGACUACUGCAAAGCGCUCUAUGUGGGGCUACCUUUGAAGCUAACUUGGAAACUACAACUAAUCCAGCAUGCGGCAGCUAGACUGGUGACUGGGAGCAGCCACCGAGACCACAUAGGUCUUGAAAAAACCUACAUUGGCUCCCAGUACGUUUCUUAGCACAAUUCAAAGUGUUGGUGCUGACCUUUAAAGCCCUAAAUGGCCUCGGUCCAGUAUACCUGAAGGAGCGUCUCCACCCCCAUUGUUCUACCUGGACACUGAGGUCCAGUGCCGAGGGCCUUCUGGCAGUUCCCUCGCUGUGAGAAGCCAAGUUACAGGGAACCAGGCAGAGGGCCUCCUCGGUAGUGGCAUCCGCCCUGUGGAACGCCCUCCCACCAGAUGUCAAAGAGAAAAAUAACUACCAGACUUUUAGAAGACAUCUGAAGGCAGCCCUGUUUAGGGAAGCUUUUAAUGUUUGAUGGAUUACUGUAUUUUGUUGGAAGCCGCCCAGAGUGGCUAGGGAAGCCCAGCCAGAUGGGCAGGGUAUAAAUAAUAAAUUAUUAUUAUUAUCAUUAUCGUCCACUAAACAUGAGCACUGCAUCUAAAAUAGAUUUUCAUAGCAUUCUAGAGUUUCAAGGGACCCUGAGGAUCAUCUAGUCCAACCCCCCUACAGUGCAGGAAUAUUCAAGUGUCCCAUACAGGGAUUGAACCUGCAACCUUGGCGUUUUCAGCACCACGCUGUAACCAGCUGAGCUAUCCAGGCUUCUCUGGAAUUUUGCUCCCUUCAAUCUAAGUAACUUUGCACUUUGCAUUGUCAAUAUGGAAGGACUACAUUGGCUUUUGUGGUGGCCUGGAGGGUUUUUUAUAGGGAUAAUUCAGCUUCACAGCCCCUCCCGUAACUCUCGCCGCUCCCCCUCUCUCUUAGAACGCAGCUGGUCGCAACUGGAUGGCAGCAAAAGAUAUGCAGAAAUACAGGCAACAUUAUCCGGUAAGAGUGUGUUGAUCAUCGUUCAUAACAAGAGACUGCUAGCUGGCUGUGCCAUUCAUUUAUUGUACGCCGAUCCGGUAUAUAACCCCCCCAGUGAUCCACGUAACUAAGAUCUGAAUGGCGCUUAAUUUAGAAAGGAAACCUCCCAAUCAGGGGUAGCCAACCUGGUGCUCUCCAGAUGUUGUCACAUCAGCCCCAGUCAGCAUCACGCCCAUGGCCAGGAGUGAUGGGAGCUUCUCUCCAGCAAUGAAAUCAUUGGUUCCAAAAAAAAAGAAAAGGCUAUUUCUGAUGUCCCAAUUAAGUCUGCUAAAGGGGUGUGGCACGCAACAGGUUGUGUGUGGUCAAGAUUUUCCUGGGGUAGCUCAGUAAUAGAUCAUCCACAUUCUCCACUGAUGUUUCUUCCUUCCUUCCUCAGGGUUUGGAAGAAACAGAAAUGAGAGAGGAGAAAAUGUGGAAUUUGAGGUUUUACAAAAACGAGAUGAGUUUUCAGCCUAAUGGUAUGGCUUUUGAUAUUAUUCUCUCUUUUCCCCAAGGCAAAUGUUAGCUCUUGCUCCCCCCCCCCCCACUGGCCCUUGACAUGGGAGUGAAUUGUAUUUGGUUUUUAGAACGCUAUUUAUUUAUGCCUGUUCCUGCAGAAAUGAUUGAAGGCCUGUAUAUAUUUCCUACAGCUGUUCCCCCUGGAAGGCAAAAUUAAAUCUGUAAAAGGGAACCCGUUGCAUUCUGCUGUUGCAAGGAGCAGGUUUCGUUCUCUCUUUUCCUGGGGCAAAAGGCCUCUGUCUCUCCCGCAGGUGUUUAUGAAUUCUUCCUCACAAUACACCAGGAUAGGUCAGCCAUGCAGUAAUUCCCUGAGUGGUGGAGAUUGCCUGGGAAAUCCACACGGCUUGGAACACUGGAAAUUGCAUUGUAUCAAGUCAGGCCAUUGGCACAUCUAACUUAGUAUUGCCUGCACGGACUGGCAGCAGCUCUCCAGGGUUGUAAGCGGGGGACACAAGUACUCUCAGCCUGGAUAGCUCAGUUGGUUAGAGCAUGGUGCUGAUAUCGCCGAGGUUGCAGGUUCAAUCCUCCUGCAUUGCAGAGGGUUGGACUAGAUGAUCCUGAGGGUCCCUUCCAACUCUGAUUCUCUUUUCCUGAAGCCUCCAUCAAUUGGCAUUCAGAGGCAUAUGACCACCAACUGUGGAAGUACAGCACAGCCGUCAUGGCUGGUAGCCAAUUGCUAGCUCUGUCCUCCAUAAUUUUGUCUAAUCCUCUUUUCACGACACCCAAGUCAGUGGCCAUUGCUGCCUCUUGUAGCAGCAAAUCCUAUAGUUUUUGCACUGUGUGAAGAAGCUGUUUUGCCCAUUCUGAAUCUCCCUCCCUCCAGUGUCAAAGGGACAUGGGUGGCGCUGUGGUCUAAACCACGGAGCCUCUUGGGCUUGCCGAUCAGAAGGUUGGUGGUUCUUCGAAUCCCCACAACAAAGUGAGCUCCCGUUGCUCUGUCCCAGCUCCUGCCAACCUAGCAGUUCAAAAGUAUGCCAGUGCAAGUAGAUAAAUAGGUACCAUUGUGGUGGGAAGGUAAACAGCAUUUCCGUGUGCUCUGGUUUCCGUCACAGUGUUCCGUUGUGCCAGAAGCAUUUUGGUCCUGCUGGCCACAUGACCCAGAAAGCUGUCUGUGGACAAACACCGGCUCCCUCAGCCUGAAAGUGAGAGGAGCGCUGCAACCCCAUAAGUCCCCUUUGACUGAACUUAACUGUCCAGGGGUCCUUCCUAUUUUUUUACCCAGGCAUUUGGUGGCUGCAGAAUACUAUUCCUGGCAUCCCCAGGAUUGCUGUUUAUUAUAUAACUGCAACUGACUUUAGAUGUUUUUAAUUGUUUUUGGAAUGUUUUAGCUGUGUUUGAAAGUUUUGCUUGGGUUUUGUUUUGAAUUGAGUAUCUGUUUGCCACCCUGGGCAUCUUCGGGAGGAAGGGCAGCGUAUAAAUUCAAUUAAUAACAGUGGGGGAAUCUCUCCAUUUAGAUGCUGUACCUAAUUUUAGACCCUUCUUAUGUUUCCCAUCCUCUUCUAGGCCUCCUUAUUGAAGAUCUCCUUGAGAUGUGGCAUAACGACUAUGUAACUCUGGAAGAAAACCAUUCAUAUAUCCAGUGGUAAGUGGCCCCCGUUAGAUAUUCUAAUGGCACAUGGGGGCGGGGAGUGCUGUAGGCUGUUUUCUGUUUUUGGACAUUCCUGUUCUUUCCUUUCCAAUUCUCCUCUUCUUUGGAGGCUCCCCAAAAUCUGAGCCAGAGCAUCUUCCAGAGGGGCUGUAACACACUUCCUUUGGGUGGGACUGCAAUGAAAAACAAGGUUAUUUCCAUCAAAUAUUGUUAAUAGUGAAUUGCAGCUUGCAUUCUAGAAACAUAGACGUGUACUGGGCUACCACGGUUCGUGCCCUCACCCACCAAUGAGCAUAACGUUAAAAAGCAUCAGUCCCUGUGCUGUAUGCAUAUUCAAGGUUUUGAUGAUGAUAAUAAUAACAAUAAUAAUAAUAAUAAUAAUUUAUUUAUUUAUUUAUACCCCGCCCAUCAGGCUGGGCUUCCCCAGCCACUCUGGGCGGCUUUCAACAGAAUAUUAAAAUACAAUAAUCUAUUAAACAUUAAAAGCUUCCCUAAACAGGGCUGGCUUCAGAUGUCUUCUAAAGGUCUGGUAGUUGUUUUUCUCUUUGACAUCUGGUGGGAGGGCAUUCCACAGGGUGGGUGCCGCUACCGAGAAGGCCCUCUGCCUGGUUCCCUGUAACCUCACUUCUCGCAGCGAGGGAACCGCCAGAAGGCCCUCAGCACUGGACUGAUGGCUGAUGCAAAGCUCUACUCCAGUUACUUGUUAAAAUGCUUGGGGGGUGUGGCACUCACACAAGUGCGUCACGUGUUGGUCUAAGGGUUUGGGUAGGAUGCUCUGGCAAGAUGUGAGCAGGUCCUAGGCAGUUUGGGGGUUGAUAUUCCAGCAAUAAAAACCUUAAACCAGUUGCCAGCCGGUGCAGAUCCCAUUAAUAGUGUAUCCUCCUCUCAAGCCUAACUUUGGGGGUUAGGGGGUACCAGGGAAGGCCUCUGAGGCCACCUGUGCACCUGCGGGCACCAUGUUGCAGACCUCUGGUUUAAUGUGUAGCCAACUUUCUGAAGUCUUGAAGAUGUGGGUCAUAGCUAAAUAAACUGACCCAUUUUCAGGCUUAAUCAGGGUCUCUUGGGUAUUUCUGCAGAAGUUAAGUUUUCUGUGCAAUGCGGAAGAAUCCUUGCAGCUCUGUCACACUCGUGGCAGUUGGUAAGAAAACUUGAGCCAGGGGCAUAAUUGUCUCUUCUAAAUGGCUGCUUCCAGAAGUUGCUCAUCAGGCGAGGCAGAACCUUUAUACUCACUCCCGACCAAGCGGGGUCACCGUUGCUUGCCAGAAGGGAUGAGAGGACAAGGAGGUCCGCGCAGUGCAGCUGCACCGGUGGAAACAAUCUGGUGCUCCUGCCAGCGUGUUUGCACCCCAUCAACCUUCCUGCUGCAGCAGCAGCCAACUUUCCAGGAACCUGGGCUGCGGCGGUGGGAGUUGGGAUCCAACAACAUCUUGAGGGGCACCGUGCUGGAUUCUGUGCCUCUCAGCAAUCGGAAUGUCCUGCUUGUUUCUGGGCUAAAUUCUUGUUUUCUUUGCAGACUUAAUCCCCUCUUUGUUUGACUUCCUUCCAGGUUAUUUCCUUUGCGUGAGCCGGGAAGGAACUGGCGCGCGCGGCUUCUCACCUGUCAAGAAAUCCAGGUAGGAGGCCUCUUGCCCUUUAAAGAUUGCCUUUAAAACCACAGGUAGAGGGAAAUGGAUUCUGAGUUUUCUGCUUUCUUUUUACACCCAUUUAUGAAAUAAUAGCAACUCUUGACUGUAGUGGCUUUGGCGGUAUGAAUGCUGGGGCCCAUAAGACCUGUCUCGAUUUCCCCACUUCCAUGCUAGCUCCAGUCACCCAGGAAUUGCCAGAGGUGUCUUCCCUCUAGCUUUUGGUCAGAGGAUGGAGAUAGGCCUCUGGUUCACCCAGUGAGGUGACCCACAACCUGCAUUGCUAGCUAUCAGGACUGAAGGGAGUUAUAGCUCAAAAUACACGGAGGGCACCAGAAUGAAGGGUGUUGAGUUGCUCCUUGAUGGAACACCUUGGCCAACUUCUAAAGUUGCUGCUGUUGUUUCAGUUCUAAAAUGUAUAGCUGUUCAUACAGCAUCUUGCACUAGGGACACGGGUGGUGUUGUGGGUUAAACCACAGAGCCUAGGACUUGCCAAUCAGAAGGUCAGCGGUUCGAAUCCCCAUGACGGGGUGAGCUCCCGUUGCUCGGUCCCUUGUCCUGCCAACCCAGCAGUUCGAAAGCACGUCAAAGUGCAAGUAGAUAAAUAGGUACCGCUGCGGCGGGAAGGUAAACGGUGUUUCCAUGCGCUGCUCUGGUUCGCCAGAAGCAGCUUAGUCAUGCUAGCCACAUGAUCCAGAAGCUGUAUGCCGGCUCCCUCGGCCAAUAAAGCAAGAUGAGCGCCGCAACCCCAGUCGGCCAUGACUGGACCUAAUGGUCAGGGGUCCCUUUACCUUUACCUUUGCAGCAGGUUGUAUAGGUCAAAAACAACACCCACAAAAUCAAGCAGUAAAAUAGUACCAAAUAAGCAAAAAAGUUUAAAUGAGCAGUGCUUAAUUUAAAAAAUAAAAAGUUUCACAAUAUAUUUUUACCUCUGAAUUGUAAUUAAAACCUCAAAGCAGUUUUCAAGUAGAACGAAACAAUGAAGUCCUCAAUAAAGAACAACUGUUUUGUGUCCUGCCCGUUGGCUAUUUCAGGCUUUCAAGAAAUCGAAGGAAGUCAUGGCGAGGUUCGUCAGGGCUUACAAGCUCAUGUUGGACUUCUAUGGAAUCGAGCUGCUAAAUGAGAAAACGGGCGAAUUGCGACGAGCAAAGAAUUGGAGAGAGAGAUUCGAGAACCUCAACCAGUGAGUUGCUUUGCUAGACAGACUUGUGCAUAAAAGUCACCAAGUGGCCUGCACUGCAGUCCCUUGGCUACUGCAGUCAUCAUUCUGGGAAUGGAGUUGAGAGAUGACCUAACCUGGGGAGAAAACAGCAAAGACCUAAUGAAGAGAGCACAGCAGAGGUUAUAUUUUCUGAAAAUCCCCCGGAAAAAUAAUCUCUCAAAGGACCUGUUGAUGGCAUUUUACCAUUGUACUGUUGAGAGUGUAUUAACUUAUGGUCUGUGUGUGUGGUUUGGGAGCUGCACGGUCAGGGAAAAAACAGUGCUGUCCAGGGUUGUAAAGACUGCGGAGAGAAUAAUUGGGUGCACUCUUCCCACCUCGGAUCAAAUCUAUGCUGCCAGGUGCCAUAAGAAAGCUGCAGAGAUAGCGCAGGAUAGUGCACACCCCGGAAAUGAUCUCUUUCAGCUUCUGCCUUCUGGAAGAAGGUACAGGGUUAUAAAGACUAGGACUAGCCGCCUGAGAAACAGUUUUUAUCCAAAUGCGAUUUUGGUUUUAAACGCAGUGUAAGGUAGUCUCUGUGGGAGUAUAUUGUAUUUAAUUAUGGGGUAUCAGAGUUUUUAGGGGGUUAACCAGGCUGGGAUAGCAGGCUUGUUGGUUUUUGAAUGUCUGAUGUAGAUUUUUUCAAUGUCGUUGUUGUGUAUGGGACAAUGACAAUAAAGAUAUCAUAUCAUAUCGUACCAAAUGUGAAUGAAGCUGAGUGAAGCUGGCUUAGUGCUGUGCUUGCAUAGAAAGAGCUAUUCUGUAUUAGUCUCAAGAACAUCAGGACAGCCUUCUGGAUCAAGCCAAUGCCUCAUUUAGUGCAAUAUCCUGUUCCCACAAAGGCCGACCAGAUGCACAUGGGAAGCUUGCAGGCAAGGCACGAGUGCAACACUUCCCUCUCUGCUUGCAAUUCUCUCCCCGCUUGUGAUUCCUGACAUUCAGAAGCGUUACUGCCUCUGAAACAUAACCAUCAUGGCCGGUAGCCAUCAAUACACGAAUGCUCUGUGAGAUGAUGGGCUGCGCUAGGAUCCAUGGAUUUUGCAGUGGGUUUGUGAGUGAACUUGGGCUGUUCUCCACCUCCAGUUCUUGGUCUGGGAUCCUGCAUGGGAACACCAGCUACUUAAGCUGAGUUGUGCUUGAUAGGCUGAGCGCCAUCAAGGCAAAAACAUCCUGCCAACCACAGUUUCUGCAUAAAAGCAUAAUAGAAUUUAUUAUUUGUGCACCGUCCAUCUGACUGGGUUGCUCCAGCUGCUCUGGGCGGCUUCCAACAGAUAUAAAAGCAUAAUAAAACAUCAAACGCUAAAAACUUCCCUAUACAAGGCUACCUUCAGAUGUCUUCUGAAAGUCAGAUACAGUUGUACCUGAAGUUGAACGGAAUCCGUUCCGGAAGUCCGUUCGACUUCCAGAAUGUUGAAAAACCAAAGCGCAGCUUCUGAUUGGCUGCAAGAAGCUCCUGCUGCCAAUCAGAAGCCGCAGAAGCCCCAUUGGAUGUUUGGUUUCCAAAAGAACAUUUGAAAACUGGAACAGUCACUUCUGGGCUUCGAUUGUUGGGAAGCCAAAAUGUUCGAGAACUAGGCUGUUCGACUUCCAAGGUACAACUGUAGUUUAUCUCCUUUGACAUCUGAUGGGAGGGCAUUCCACAGGGAAGGUGCCACUACCAAGAAGGCCCUCUUCUUAGUUCCCUGUAACUUCACUGUUGGCUUGUUCCAUUCCAAAAAGUAAGUGGGAAUGUCCUUUGUAGGAUAUUUGGAUAGUAGCUCCCUUCCGAGCUAGUCAUUUGCCUUCACAAUGUGAGACUUACUUCCCCUUCUUUCUCCCCCUUUCAGGUUCAGCCACAAUAAUUUACGGAUCACUCGUAUCCUGAAGUGCUUGGGAGAGCUGGGCUACGAAAACUACCAGAUGCACCUGGUGAAGUUCUUCCUGACGGAGAUCCUGGUCCACCAGGAGCUCCCGCGGGUGCUGAGAAGUGCCUUGGACUACUUUGUGUUCACUGUCCGGAACAAGCAGCAGCGGAAGGAGCUGGUGCAUUUUGCGUGGCGGCACUUCACGCCCAAGCGGGAUUUCGUCUGGGGCCCGCACAGGAAGCUCCGACGAUUCAAACCCCGGUCCCCAGAAUUCCUGAACAGCGAGCGGCUGGAGGGGGGGCAGAGUGAGGAUGGAGAGGAGACCGCAGGAAAGAGUGAAGUCGAGCAGCAACAUAAAACAUGCCAGAGACUUGAGGAAGAGCCUGCGAGGAGGGAGAGUGUGGAAAACGAUCAAGAUGAGCUGCUGGACAUGACAGGCACCGUUUGCCCUGCUGUAGACCAAACAACCGAUAAUCUGAUUGAGGAGCCUGUAUCCAAAAGUGAUGAUGAGCCUGGGUUUUCAUCCAGUGACUCUGUCCUUAGCAAAGUUAUCGAGGGAGAGCCUUCCUCUGUGAUCUGUGGUGAUGGAUUGCAGGCCGGAGACGCUCUGGAACCCCAAACGAGUCCCGCAGGUGAACACGAAGCUUCAGGUAAGGCGAGUCAACGUGGGCUCUUAACAGCAGAGGAAGUCAAGGCGGAGGAGGACGGCGGGAAAGAAAACACAACGGUUUCUUCGUUUGUCAACUUGGGAAGGCAGGAUCUUGUGGAGGAGGGUGAGAGCGGGGCACAGAAGGGCAAGAGGAAAGAUGGAGCUCCAGGUUCUUCGCCUCCCCAGCUGGAAAGGCAGGAUCCUGCGGACGAGGGUGAGAGCGGGGCGUCCGGUGAAAGUCCGAAGGAAUGCAAGAAGAGGAAGCUGGAGAUGAGCAGGUUGAGCGAAGAAAGCGUCAGGGUGGUGAGAAGCCCCACCGACAUUGAGAAGAUCUCUGCCAACCUCGGAGAGGUUGUGAUUGGUCAGAAGGGGAUCGACGGCCUUCUGUUGACGGAGGAGAAGGCCUGCCCUUUGCUGCCCCAAGGAGGUGGUAUGGAUGGUGGGUACAUGAAGGAGACGGAAGCCACUGACGCAAUGAGAAAAAGACGGAAAGUUGAGAUGGCAUCGGAAGGCAGUGCCUUGGGGACACCUGAAGAGGCGGGCAUCGAGGUGGCAUCCUCUGAGAGCCAGAUAAACUCUGCCAGCACCGAGAGGACGGAUCGAGCCUGCCACGAUGCGACAGAAACAGUUGGCAACACUCCUACAGACAGCGACUGUAAAACGCCGGGUGUGGAUUUAUUGGUUAAUUCCAAAACUAACGCCGAGUCGAGCCUUUCGCCGGACAGCUGUGCGCCAGCUCAGUCUGGCAAGCAAGGAACUACCUCUGCCUUGGAAGUCAAGAGAUUGCAGGCCGGCGAAACUCUGCCAUUCAGUGAAAAGAAGGCUGUGGGUGGUGAAAGCCCAGGACAGGAAGAGGGAAGCGUUGAAGGAAAGGCAGAAGGAGUGGCAGAUAGGAAUGAAACACCUGAAUCUGCGGAGAGUGUGAAUUCUGUAUCAGGGCUAGAAGCAGAAUAGCUUUAUCCUGGAUAAGAAUGAGGUGGUUCCACUGAUUCUGGAGGCAGUUAAAAGGACUUUUUACAAGUUGAUCAGAACAGCACCAGUCCACUGCCCGUGUGUGUGUGUGUGUGUGUGUGUGUGUGUGUGUGUGUGUGUGUUGGUUCCUCUUUUUUUGUAUACUUUGUAAUGAAGCCCAAGACCUUCAUAAUGGGUUGUUUUCACUGGGGACAGACAACAAAGGCUUCGAAAUGAAACUCCCCCAGUUGUUGACUUGCAUACUUGAUCUUCUGAAUUCUCAAAUAAUGUGUGUGGGUUUUCUCCUUUACUUUAUAAAUGAUUCCAAAUAGCUCUGGUUUCGAAACGGAAAUCAUUUUUUGAGCAAGUAAAUGCCACUUUGUGGGCAAAUUUUCCAGUAUUUACUAGACGGUCCGAAAGGAAUCUAUUUGUUAAAUUAAUCUUGCUUUGUUAAAAUAAAAGUUCCUAACUUCU